UCCGCACAAUCCCACAGCAUUCAAAGUUCUGCCUGCCAGCUUCCUCUCAGCCAGUUUGGAGCUCUUUCCCCUCGCGAGUGCAAACCAACGUGCGGAGAUGAAAGUAUCUGUGCUUUCCAAGAAGCUGUGGUGUGUUCACAAACCGCUGGUGCUUCUAAUCACGCCGCUGCUUUUUUCACCACUACUUGUGACCCUGCCAGAGAAGGAGGGCAAAUGUCUUUACGUGGUGGUGCUCAUGGCCAUGUUUUGGUGCUCAGAGGCCCUUCCUCUGGCCAUCACUGCAAUGCUGCCCGUCUGCCUCUUUCCAACGCUCGGGAUCGUUCCGUCCAAAAAACUGUGUCCCCAGUACUUUUUGGAAACCAACUUUCUCUUCCUAAGCGGCCUGGUGAUGGCGUCGUCCAUUGAAGAGUGGGGCCUCCACCGCAGAAUAGCACUGAAAGUACUCACCAUCGUAGGAGUGAAACCAGCUUGGUUGAUAUUGGGCAUGAUGACGACCUCCUCCUUCUUGUCCAUGUGGCUCAGCAACACAGCCACGACGGCCAUGAUGCUCCCUAUUGCCAACGCCAUUCUGGAGAGUUUGUUUGGUGAUCUGGAGACCCUCAAGCAAAAAUGCAAGUCGACGGAGGAUCGAGACAGUGACGUUAUCAACGGUCAGUCCACCAAGAUGCAUUCACUGCCUUCAGUGGCUUCAGAGAAACAAAUGUUAUCACUCGAUGGGACUGAUAGUCUUUCUAAAAGUGUGGACGAGAGCGAACAAAGUGAAAUGCAAAAAGCGGAGGACAUCCGGUCUGAGUCAGAGUAUCAGAUGAAAGUGUGGAAAGGCUUCCUUAUCUGUAUUCCCUAUGCUGCCAGUAUCGGCGGAACUGCCACGCUGACAGGAACUGCUCCCAACCUCAUCUUGAUUGGACAGCUCAAAAGCUACUUUCCAGACUGUGAUGCCAUCAAUUUUGGCUCUUGGUUUGCUUUUGCCUUCCCGGUCAUGUUCGUCUUCUUGGUGUUGGGAUGGUUAUGGAUCGCGUUCCUCUACGGAGGAUUGAACACAAGAUUAUGUUUUAACAAACACGACCAAAGAGCGGAGGCAGAGGCCAGAGCCAAGGCUCUCAUUGAGGAAGAUUACAGAAAACUAGGGCCCUUAAAUUUUGCAGAGGGAGCCAUCUCUUUUUUAUUUGUCUUGUUUGCUGUUCUCUUGUUCACAAGAGACCCCAAGUUUGUCACCGGCUGGUCUGUAUGUUUUAAGAAGGGCUACGUCUCGGACGCAGUUACUGGGGUGAUCAUCGUGUCCAUAUUGUUUUUCUUUCCCUCGCAGAAACCCUCUCUGAGCUGGUGGUUUGACCCAAAAGCUUCAAAUAUUCCUUAUGUGCCUCUUCUGUCAUGGAAAAAAGCCCAGGACUCUGUUCCUUGGAAUAUAAUUUUGUUGCUUGGAGGUGGUUUCGCCAUGGCUCAAGCAUGUGAGGAAUCUGGACUUGCCUCCUGGAUCGGAGGCCACCUCCAGCCUUUGGCUAGGCUCCCGCCUGCUGUUGCCAUGAUGUUGAUCACAGCCUUUGUGGCCUGUUUCACAGAGUUUGCCAGCAACACUGCCACCAUCAUUAUAUUUCUACCUGUCAUUGCAGAGCUGGCGUUUCAUGUCUCCGUGAACCCGCUGUACUUCAUGAUCCCAGCAACAAUUGGAAGUUCAUAUGCGUUCAUGCUGCCUGUGUCUACUCCACCCAACUCCAUCGCCUUUGCCUCUGGACACCUGAUGGUCAAAGACAUGGUCAAAACUGGUUUUGUUAUGAACAUCCUGGGUCUCCUCUCAAUCAGUCUAGCCAUAAACACAUGGGGUCUCGCCAUGUUUAACUUGAAUACCUACCCUGACUGGGCUCGCCCUCUCAACCAGUCUGCCUCUUUCGCUGAAGUGCACUUGCCUGAUGUGCAUAUGACAAAUAUGACUGUCUGAUCACUCAAAAUACUAAGCAGUGACAAAAUUGUGCCAAAACAAUUCAGCUGUUACCCUUUUAAUAGUGAAUUUUCACAAUGUGUCAUAGGUCAAUAUUUUUGCUGACAACUCCAAGAUGAAAGCUGCAGUUUGACCGAGCAUUUCAGCCUUUGGCUAUACAUACCUGUAGAGGGCAGCAAUGAGGGUGGUCCCUUGCCGGCAGUUAAAAGGAUCAAUCGAGAGUUAUGACGUCCACUUGGCACUAUAGUUCAACUCAUUGGCGCCAAUUUGCCAACUACUUCAGUUUGCAUUUCUGCUGUGGUGACUCCAAUCCUACCUUCAAAUGUGUUUUCAAUACAAAAUAAUGUCACUUAUUUAUUGAAUCCAUCCAUUCCGAUCUACAUUAUGUUACUGCAGUUAUCAUAAAAGCAUGGGCGUGCAGUCAAGGUAGGCAGGUGAGGCAGAACCAUACUUGUUUUGAUGAAAAAUUUAAAAAAUAAGAAUAAUUUAGAAAAUCAAUAUUAAUAAAUUUGAUUACUGUGUUAGAAAUGUGUUCUCAAUAUGACUACAAUCACGAUGUUUUUAUUUUACAUUUUUUCCAGUAAGAAUCCCUAUUUUUUCACAUUUCCCGGUCAUGUGACUACAGGAAACUAAUAUUAGGCUGCCGCAUUUGAUUUUCUUUUCUUUUUGUUACCAAUUCUUGUGCAGUGCACUCAGGACAGGCAGUGCCAAGUUUUCAUUGUCUAAUUUUGUGCAUAAGCGGUUAUUUCCUGUCUGCUUUAGUGCACAAGUAAGUCAACCCAAAGGUGUGGCUGGUUUUGUCGCCAAAAUAUAACAUUUCUCGAAACAUUUUUACACCAUGACUUUCUAAUACUGUAUAAUCUACAGCCUGUGUAAUGUAUUUAAUCUAAGUGUGACAUCAUUAUUCUCGCUAGUCAGACUUUAAAUAGAGAAAAAUCAUAGUGAGAGGUACAAUAGUACUUUAAGGGCCUGAUAUGAUAUACAUUACUGAGAUCCUAACACCACGCGGUAAACAGCGUGUGCAAUCUAUACAUUGGGUGUAUUCACUGUGAUCUACUAACACUGCGUGUGCAAUUGAAAAGUGGUGUAGACCGCCUUAUUUAAAAGAGGAUUUUGCAUGUAUUAUACGGGGCAUCACCACAGAGACAUCAUUUACUGCACAUCCAUGUUUUCAUGCACCUAAACUUGUGCCGUUUUGCUGUUUUCAAACAUGCAUCAGACUUGAACUACUUUUUAUGGGCAUUUUUAGAACAGUCGUAAAGUGCAUCAAAA